AUGAGCGACUUCGAAGAAGAGUGUGAUUUCCAGGCACCCAUCAAUGUACCAGUAGAUAUAUACACCAGGAAAAGAAACCGAUGUCAAAUUGAAGACGAUAAAUACGUAGAAACUGAGCAAGAUCUGACGGAAGUAUCAACUUGCAGUUUAUGUCAGACUUGUUGGACAAACAAUGGUGCUCACGGCAUUGUUGGUUUGAAAUGCGGUCAUGUAUUUGGUAGAAGUUGCAUAGUACAACAUAUGCGUGAUGCCACAGCUCAGAAAACGCCUGCCAAAUGCCCCACAUGCGACAAUCCACUCGCCAAAUCAGAACCUCGACGCAUAUGGCCCAAUAAAGUGCUACCUUGUGAUGAGACUGACUUAAUCGAUCUUCGAAAGCAACAUGCCGAAGCCGAUCUGAUCAUUCAGGGUUUAAAAGAAGCCAAUGAAGCCAUCCAGCUACAAAUAGAUAAGGCUAUAUUCGAUCACUUAGUUUUACAAGCAGAAGACAGGUCCAAUAGAAUAAUCAGUCCCAGUCAAAUCAUGCAAAUGUCACAGCCUUCCAUAUUUGUGCAUCAACGCUCAUUUUCAAAGAAAAACGAGAAAUACCGUGUCAUGGAUGUGGAUCCAAUGGGGGAUAGAGCAGUGGUCUCUGUGUGGAAAGAGCAAAAAUAUGGAAUUAGGAAAAUGAACUUGUAUGACAUUACAUCGACUGAAUUUAUACCAAAUCAUAGCGGCAUAAUCAAGGAUUUAAAGUACAGUACGGAGGACAUGGUGCUCUCCACUGGUCUUGAUAAAACGCUGAAAUUAACCUCAUUACAAUCAAACCAAGUAGUGUUAAGUUAUCAACUUGGUGCUCCCGGAUGGUCUUGUGCUUCAAGUGAAGCAAAUCCCAGUAUCGUGUACUGUGGUCUCACAAGUAAUACAGUUUUAGUUUUUGAUAUACGGAAUACAAAGGAGUUUGUACACAAGUUAAUCGAACCUUGUGUGCCGAAGAUAUUUUCUCCCAUUCAUUCAAUUAUGGAGGUCAUGACAGAGGAUGUGCCUUUGCUCCUGUGUUCAAAUUUAUCACAUACUUAUGGUUGGAACACAAGCACGGAGGAAUAUGAGUAUGUGCCACUCCAACAAUCAGUAGAAUAUGAAAACAACCUUACAGACCAGUAUAAAAGCUUUAGCAUGGCAAACAGGGAUGGAUGCUUACUUUCUUCUCUGCGGAAUAAGACUUCAACACGAUAUGAAGUAAGUCAUUUUGAUACUUCACUUCAAUUGCAGUCAGAUUGGCAUUAUGAUGAUAUCAAUCAUAAACAAACUUCAUUAUCUCGGAACACACUUUUUAAAAGUGGUGAACAAACAUUCAUUUGUUUCUCAGAUAAUGAUACGGUAAAAAUAAGAGACAAAACAAUGGAAGUGCAAAGGAUUAAAGCAAAAGGACCGGUAGCAGACAUCAAGUACAUUGAAGAGGGACAAGUGCUGACUAUUUUGACUGAAGAUGAACUUUGUCUGUACAAAUUUGCACCACCCGAAAUAAUCCAAUGA